CCUCACGUACGUAUGUGACCCUGCCGGAGGAGCCAAGCUCCACACCUGAGAGUUCAACUGCAUUCUUCCACCUCUUCAACCAACUAUACACAAUGGAUCUUGAAGACGGGGGAUCCUCGCCAUGGGGCGAUGUCCCAACCCAAUCCCAGACAGGCGCCAAUAAGCCCAAGACUGGUGAAGACGAUUCAUUCAACGCGGGGCAAUCAGAUGCUCCAUCUAAGACUGCGGCUGCGCAAUUAUCCGAAUCAUCCGCAACCUCGAACGUGAAGUCGCCAGGCGGCCGAUCAAGAGGGCCCAUUCGCCGUGUUGCCGCGCAAACCACUCGACUCGAACCCCUCGACGACUCAUUGGGGCCCUUGGGGCCAUUAGGACCACUGGGCGAUAAUGGAGUGCAGGCUACGUCUCCUUCGGAGCAGCCUCCGGCACCGCCUAUGAAGGAGCAGACGGUUACCCUCAACACCAGGCAGCCCGACACUGCACAGAGGGUUCGAGAUGUCAUGGAUCCGAACUACGAUGACGAGGCGCAAUCUUCCGGAAAGGCUAGGAUACCACCGCCAGUUCAACCGGCCCAGCCUGGCUCUGCGCGUCGCGAUGUCCAGCCAAGUGUGAGCAUAGAACAGGCAGCAAAGCCGACAUUCGAUAUCACGGUCGGCGACCCACACAAAGUUGGAGACCUCACAAGCUCUCAUAUUGUAUAUCAAGUUCGGACUAAGACUACUUCUAUAGGCUACAGGCAACCGGAGUUCUCGGUGACUCGUAGAUAUAAGGACUUCCUAUGGCUGUACAAUACACUGCAUACAAACAACCCCGGAGUGGUCGUUCCUCCACCACCUGAGAAGCAAGCUAUGGGAAGGUUUGAUACCAAUUUCGUGGAAUCAAGGCGCAUGGCAUUGGAGAAAAUGCUCAACAAGACCGCGGCCCAUCCGACGCUACAACAUGACGGCGACUUGAAGAUAUUCCUAGAGAGCGAGGCAUUCAGUAUGGAUGUUAAGCACAAGGAGCGCAAGGAGCCUGUGUUGGGAGAGAGCAAGGGUAUGUUCGCCGGACUGGGACUAUCGGUGGGUAGUGGAAGCAAAUUCGUGGAACAAGACGAUUGGUUCCAUGAUAGAAAGGUCUAUCUCGAUGCUCUUGAAAACCAACUGAAGGCUCUUCUGAAAUCAAUGGACACAGUGGUGGACCAACGGAAGGGGUUGGCCGAAGCCGCAAGUGAUUUCUCUGGAUCGCUGCAAGCCCUUUCCGCCGUUGAACUGUCCCCCACUCUGUCAGGCCCAUUAGCUGGAUUAUCCUCCCUCCAGAUCCGUAUCAAAGAACUCUAUGAACGACAGGCACAACACGAUGUGUUGACCCUUGGCAUCACCAUUGAUGAAUACAUUCGCUUGAUUGGGAGUAUCAAAACGGCAUUUGAGCAAAGGCAAAAGGCAUUCCAUUCAUGGCAAUCUGCAGAUAUGGAAAUGCAGAAGCGCAAGGCGACACAGGACAAGCUUCUGCGCCAAGGCAAGACUCAGCAAGACCGUUUGGUCCAGUUAAACGCAGAUGUUGCCGACGGAGAGAGAAAGGUUCACCAGGCACGUUUGCUAUUCGAAGACAUGGGACGACUGUUAAGAGCUGAGCUGGAGAGAUUUGAGCGGGAGAAGGUGGAGGAUUUCAAGAGUGGUGUGGAGACAUUCCUAGAGAGCGCUGUCGAGGCUCAGAAAGAGCUCAUCGAACUAUGGGAAACAUUCUUGGUACAGUUGGAUGCGGAAGAUGGCGAGCAACCUUACUACAAACCGCCCGUGGUCCCUCUACCCUCAGAGUCGGAACAAUCAAGUCACAGGCUCUCAGGGGAGACUCAGAAUGACUCGGUAUCAGGAACGGCUCAUGAGGAUGAAGAAUAAUUUGCAAGCGGGCACUAUCAUCCAUUUCUGCUAUAACAAGGUUGAAACAAUCUUGCGAGCUUCAUCAUUUUGCAGUCCCCAAAAUGUAUAGUGUACAAAGAUAAUACCACAUCCCAACGCCUUGAAAUGCCACCCUCUUCUGUCUUCCA